CUUCCUCCCUACUUUCUGCUCCUCGUCUCGCCGCCUCGCUUUCUCUCGCCACUUGGCCACCCCCCCCUUCUCAAUUGAACGGCGGGGUUGUAGCUGCGCUAUGGGUGACGGCUCUGAUUACCCUAGUCCACGAAGCGAAGGUCCCGGCGGACCUACCUCUGUUCUAGUCACUGCCCAAGAAUCGCUUUCUCCUGCCCCCAAGAUGAACGAUCAGCUGUCUCCGAACUUCAUGGAAGGGACGCGCCCGCGACUGUCGGUGAGAAGAGCGCGGGAUCCGCCCAAGAACGCUGCCGGUCAAAUCUACUGCGACCACCCCGAGUGCCAGCACUCGCCCCCAACCUUUCGCCGUCCGUGCGAGUGGAACAAGCACAUGGACAAACACGACCGCCCUUACAAGUGCAUGGAACCCGGGUGCGACAAGAUUCAAGGCUUUACAUACUCUGGCGGUCUGCUGAGGCAUCAGCGCGAGGUGCAUAAGAAGAACAUCAACGCCAAGAAGCCCUUAAUGUGUCCGUACGCCGACUGUAAUCGCAGCACGGGCAACGGGUUCACGCGUCAAGAAAACUUGAAGGAGCACCUUCGCCGCCGCCACAUGCAUACCGAGAACGGACAUGCAUCCGAGCUGCCCAUUGCGUCGCCGGAGCUGGAUGGCACCACGUCGUUUGUGACGGCGUCGGUGGCCCUGAAAAGGAAGCGCGAUUCCACCGGGGAAGAUCCGACCCUCGAGCUUCCCGAAGAGGAAGAGAAUGGUGUGGAUCUUCGCAAUGAGCUGAAGCGGCUGCGUCGCGAGGUUCAGGAAAAGGACCGCCGGUUGGAAGAGCUGGAGCGCAUCGUGGCCGGACUGCAGCAAGCCAUUCCCCAGACCGCAACGUCACAGGGCUAGCCGGGUUUUCGAGGGGUCUUCGUUCCUCGCUCGUUUCUAUUUUUCC